UGCACGACGAACCUCUGCCCCAGCCCAUGCCAAGCCAACCAAGCUCCCAAAGUUAAACGCGACGACCGUCAAACAGGCAGAGCGAGAGCUCUAGUGCCGGCACCAGCAACCCUCAGACAACGUCAAGUCUAGGCUCUGGGCCCCCCCCCCGGCGCGUAGAGCACAGUCUCUGGUAGACCGACACGAUGGCGUCACUCGCUCGCUUUGCCCGCCUCCUCCCCCGCUCCACGCCCCUCUGUGCUGGCCGCGCCCGCCUCCCCCUCCAGCGCUCGCCAAACGCCGCCCUGAGGAGCCGCGGUACCCAGCGACAUGCCUCGACAGGCCCGACAGCGUCCGCCGGCAGCGCGUCUAGCACCCCGCCGCCGCCGCCGCCGCCGCCGCUGCAGGCUCGCACGGGAGCGGGGACGGCGCUCACUACGGUAGCUAUCCUCUCGGUGGCCGCGGGCGUCUACCUCGUCGCGACCGACACGCGCGCCUCGGCCGUCCACCGCCACCUGGUGCCCGCCCUCCUGCGCGCCUUCGUGCCCGACGCCGAGGACGCCCACCACCUGGGCACGGCCGCCCUCAAGACGCUGCACGAGCUGGGCCUGCACCCGCGCGAGCGCUCCGGCGUCGACGCCGACGGCUCGCUGUCCGUCUCCGUCUUUGGCCGCACGCUCGCCAACCCGAUCGGCAUCAGCGCCGGUCUCGACAAGAACGCCGAGAUCCCCGACGCGCUCUUCGCCGUCGGCCCCGCCGUCGUCGAGGUCGGCGGCGUCACGCCGCGCCCGCAGCCGGGGAACCCGCGCCCGCGCGUCUUCCGCGUGCCCUCGAUCCAGGGCAUGGUCAACCGCUACGGCCUCAACAGCGCCGGCGCCGACGCCGUGGCCCGCACGCUCCGCACCCGCCUCCGCCGCGCCGCCCGCGGGCUGGGCCUGGCCGAGGCGGACGUGCUGGCGGGCGAGUCGGCCUCGGGCGUCCCCGUCGGCUCCCUGCUCCCCGGCCGCCUGCUGUGCGUCCAGGUGGCAAAGGCCAAGGAGACGGACGAGAAGGACGUGGCGGCCGUGACGCGCGACUACACCGACUGCGUCCGCCGCCUGGCCCCCUACGCCGACGUGGUUGUGGUCAACGUCAGCAGCCCAAACACGCCCGGCCUGCGCGACCUGCAGGCCGCGGGUCCGCUGUCCAGCAUCCUGUCGGCCGUCGUGGCCGAGGCCCGGUCCGCCGCGGCGGCGUGCGGCCGCCCGUCGACGGGACCCGACAGGCCCCGCGUCAUGGUCAAGGUGUCGCCCGACGAGGACUCGCCCGAGCAGGUCAACGGCGUCGUGGGCGCCGUCUGGUCCAGCGGCGUCGACGGCGUCAUCGUCGGCAACACCACCAAGCGCCGCGACGUGGUGCCCGUCGGCGUGCCGCUCACCUCGCGCGAGGUCGAGGCCCUGGCCGAGACAGGCGGCUACUCGGGCCCGGCCCUGUUCGACAGGACCGUGGCGCUGGUGGGCAAGUACCGCGACGCGCUCGACCGCUACCCGGCGGGCCGUAAGAAGGAGGAGGUGGCGGCCCAGGCGGGCGCCGCGUCGCUUGUCCCGCCGCCCGCCGUGCUCACCCGACCCAGGACGGGCGAGCACGAGGCGGAGCCCAAGGUCAUCUUCGCCACGGGCGGCAUCACCACGGGCUCGCAGGCGCUGCAGGUGCUCAACGCCGGCGCGAGCGUGGCCAUGGUGUACACGGGCAUGGUGUACGGCGGCCCGGGCAUCGUGACGAGGAUGAAGGAGGAGAUGAAGGGGCUGCUCAAGGACAGCUGAUUUUUCGUCCCUUCUUUUGUUCUUUUGUUUUGCAUACAUCUAUCCAGGGGUUCUCACAUCAGCACAGUACUCUAGACCGCCAUGCUUUCCACAGCCGUUGGUGCUGUUUUUUUUUUUCACGCGAGGGUAGGGGGUAAAACUGCGAUUAGGUUUGGAGGCGGGUAGCAAAAAGCAGGGCGAAAACUAGAAGCAUUGGGGUUUAUCAUGGGGGUUUGCGCAUUUUAUACCGGAGUCUACACGUGCCAUGGCCAAAUCCCAAGUUUACCCAAAACGCCGGUC